GCAACUGGUGUGACAUGUGAACCAGAUUUUCAACCCUAUCACAAGACUGGUACAUUCCCACAUUCCCCCCAAACACCUUCUCCUCUCUCUUUCUAUAUGUAUAGAAAGAGAAACAUAUAUAACUAUAUAUAUAUGUAUGCAUAUUUCCUUACCGUUACGUACGUUAAUCAAACCUGAUAUACUUUUUUUUUUUUUUACCUUUCUUCCAAGCUCGCUUCUUCUCCGUAGUCCGUAGUAGUUUGCAUACAUACAGAAAAACCUUCACAUCAGAGACUUCAAUUCCGAAACGCUUCACUGUCACACAAUCUCUCACGAAACCCUCUUAAGAUCCACGAGACUUUCUCUCUCCUCUUACCCCUCUAACCCCCCUCUCUAUCCCUCUAAAACCUCCACCUCUGUUCUCCAUUUCCAGAUCUCUCUCUCUCUGCCGUCCUGCAACUCACCCAAUUCUAGAACGCUUGACCGAAAUAAUAUUAUCUAUUCGUAUAUUCGUUAUCCGAAACGCAAUUUGUAUUAUCUCAAUUGGGUUUGGAAAACCCUAGAAGAGUUCAUUCAAUUCGAUGAAGGGCUCGAGCCGGUUGUUCACGAUCGGGCUCGUGUCGUCAUGGUACUCGUCCAACAUUGGGGUUCUGUUGCUGAACAAGUACUUGCUGAGCAACUACGGCUUCAAGUACCCGAUCUUUCUCACCAUGUGUCACAUGACGGCGUGUUCGCUGUUGAGCUAUGUUGCUAUUGUUUGGCUAAAGAUGGUUCCUUUGCAGACGAUACGCUCACGAGCUCAGUUCACCAAGAUCUCAGCUCUGAGUCUCAUCUUCUGUACUUCUGUGGUCAGUGGGAAUGUGUCGCUCCGCUACCUUCCGGUGUCGUUUAAUCAGGCAGUUGGGGCAACCACGCCUUUCUUCACGGCGGUGUUUGCCUAUAUAAUGACGGUGAAGAGGGAGGCUUGGCUGACCUAUGUCACUCUCAUUCCUGUGGUUACAGGGGUCAUCAUUGCUAGCGGGGGAGAACCAAGUUUCCAUUUGUUUGGCUUUAUAAUGUGUAUUGGUGCUACAGCUGCAAGGGCAUUAAAAUCAGUGCUUCAAGGGAUUUUGCUGUCCUCAGAAGGGGAAAAGCUGAACUCCAUGAACCUUCUGCUGUACAUGGCACCAAUAGCUGUUGUAUUUUUACUUCCUGCUACGCUGUUGAUGGAGGAAAAUGUGGUUGGGAUCGCAUUAGCGCUUGCAAGAAAUGAUGUCAAAAUAAUCUGGUAUCUGCUAUUCAAUUCUACUCUAGCAUAUUUUGUGAACUUGACCAAUUUCUUGGUCACUAAACACACAAGUGCCUUGACUCUCCAGGUCUUGGGAAAUGCAAAAGGGGCUGUUGCCGUGGUUAUCUCGAUUCUUAUAUUUAGAAAUCCUGUGUCAGUAACGGGCAUGCUCGGCUACAUGCUCACUGUCAUUGGAGUGGUUUUGUAUGGUGAAGCCAAGAAGAGGAGCAAAUGGGAAGCCCUUUAACUCCACGUUUCUUCAUGUGAAGGUGCCUUCAAUCUCUUUCAAAGUCGUCAUUUUGAAAUAUGGUUACAGCGGAUGCCAUAUAUUCUUUGUCCACGAAGAAGGCGAGUUCUACCUGUGCGACAAGUAACUUUAUGGUUGGCAGAGGGGAAAUCUCAAUAAAAGCAUGUAUUGACCUUUUCUGCACUAAUCUUCAGGUUAUGAGGGCAGCAUCAGUUAUGCUUUUGGGGGGUAGACUUGGACUCAUUCCAAUCAAUUAAUUUUCUUUCUUCUUUCUUUUUUUAUUUUUUAUUUUAUUUUUUUUCCCUCUUAUAACCUUAGUGCCAAAUGUUGAUUGAUUGAUGAAAGAUGCAUCAACAUAUAUACCAUUGCACAAUCAUAUACAAAUUUUAUUGUUGUGUAAACACUGUAAAAUGCCCAUCAACAUAUAUAUCAAGGAAUUGUUUCUUUUGUUGGUUCA